AUGAACUUCAUUGAAAUGCCCACGGAAAUCCAAAAAUUAAUCUUUCAACAUUCAUACCCAUCAGACCUUUUAAACAUCAUUCAAAAUAUUCCAGAAUGGAAUCAUUUAAUAACUUCAGAUGUAUUCAGAAUUGUUUCUAAUGAUUUACCAAGUGUUAAACUGAAAUAUGGGUUACCUGAUGAUUUUUACUUGGAAUAUAAGUGUAAUAUAGACCCAAAUGUUGAUCGUGAUACUUCUCUUGAAUUGCUUAGAGACUAUAUUGAAAUUGAAAGAAAUAACUCAGUUUUAGAUCCAUAUUUAUUAAUGGGGUUUAAAGGUGCUAUAUUGUUUGAAAUUAAUGAUAUUUUGACAUGCUUGACCAAAUUUGAUGAUCAUUUAUUAUUACAUGAUCCAAUUGAACUUGUUUGGAAUACUACAAGAGCUCGAAAACAUUUUAGAUUUUUCCAUGAUUUUUUUCCAACUUUAGAUCAUAUUACUAGAUUGAAAAAACUCACUAUAUUUUUUGGAACUGAAAUGGAUUUUCAAGAGAUAUUAGAUGAACCAUAUGAAAUACAGAAUCUUCCACAUCGUAUCCCUUCCAAUAAACUACAUAUCCCAGUUGUUAAAUCACUUCAUCUUGGUUUUGAAGAGAUUAGAGGUAUUGGAGCUCCUUAUGAAGGGCUUGGAAGUCUUGGUGAUGAGCUUGGAGGUUAUUCAAUUAAGGAUAUCAAAACUAUUAUGCCGAAUUUAAAAUCACUUAACAUGUCUUUUGAAGAUGUUUAUGAAAAUUAUGAAGAUGGAUCUAUUGACAUAGCAGGACUUGAAGAAGGUUUGAAUAUAUCUUAUGAAAAAUCUCAAUUAGAUUAUUUUUUUGAAACUAUAGAGGGAUCCUUGGAUUUCUUGAAAGACUUCCAAUUAAGAUAUUUCCAUAAUGAAAAAUUUGACCUAUUUAAAAAUUUACAAGUAUCAAAUCUUGAAAAUUUGGUUAUUGAUUCUUCAACGAUUCAUUCAAUUAAGAACUUAGACUUACCAAAUGUUAAAUCAUUUAGGAUUAAGAAAUCUGCAAUUUAUGAAAUUUCAAAUUUGAAGCUAAAUUCUUUAGAAGAAUUUUCAAUUGAUAUUAAACCAACUCAAUUUACUUUUGAAUUAGAAGAAGAAGAUAAUGAAGUACAUGUAACAAUUCAAAAUAUUAAAUCAUCAAGUUUGAAAAGCUUCACGCUUCUUAGUUCAUUCAGGAUUGAAGAAAUUUCAAAUUUGGAGUUCCCAUAUUUACAAAGUUUAUCAAUUUGGUCAGGUAAUGACUUUAAUGGUUCUUUUGAAGGUAUUAUCAAUUCAUCAUUCCCGAAAUUAGAAAAUAUAACAUUACGUUUCAUACCACUUGAUAAUCUAUAUGCAUUGUUCCAGGGUAUACCAAAUUUGAAAAACAUUCAUAUAGCGAGUUGUCCAUCUUUCAACAUUACAAAAAUUGGAUCUCAAAAUUCCUUAGAGACAUUAAGUUUGGGGGAUAUAGAAUUGUUCCAAGGUUUCGAUGGGAUUUCAUUACCUACAUUAAGAACUAUGCGCUUAGAAGCAGCUAGCGGUGAAACUCCUCUUUCAAUGGAAAACUGUACAUUCGAAAACUUGAAAACAUUAACAAUUUAUACAGAAUUUAUUUUCAAUCCAGUUUAUUGUUCAACUCUAACAUUUUUGAAUAAUAAUAUUCCUCAACUUGAAAAAUUAUCAUUAUCAGGUUUUGAUAUAACAAAUCAUUUCUCCACUGAACCAUACCCAAACUUAAAAGAAAUAUCAAUCUCUAGAAUUGAAUCAAUACAAAUUUCACAAAGUGAUAAACUGAAAAUCCUAGAUCUUUCUGAAAAUUACACAACAAUGAAUAUAAACAAAAGUGAUAAAUUACCUAACCUAAACGACUAUAGAAAACCUAUGAUGGAGGAAGAUCUUGACCUAAACGACUAUAGAAAACCUAUGAUGGAGGAAGAUCUUGAAACCAUUCUUAAAAAGAGGAAAAUUGAACUAGGUGAAGGCUUUUACUAA